GGACACGAGUGUGUGCGUGCGUGUGGCUGUCCGUCCGCUCUUUGCUCUCUCGAGGAUGUCACGGUGGGUCGGGGCUGGAGCUGGCCGGGGCCACCCCUCCGCCACGAGCUUGGGGACCCCCGAGGGGGAGCUGAGCCCCCCUGUCCCGGUGCACAAGGUGCCCCCGAGACCCGGGGUCCGAGCACCUCUCAGGGAACCUGGCGCGGGGCGGGCUGUGGUCCCCCCAGUGCCACCCUCCGUCCCUCAGACCCCCUCCCUGGCCCCGGCUGGCACCGGCUGGCGUCCCCGGGCCACUCGCGCACGCACAGGGCCGGUCAGGGCCAGGGGGCUGCGUGUGGCAAUAAAGCUUGGAUGUCCCCUGGGCGUCUGAGCUUGCAUCCUGGGUGGCAGCGUGGGACAGGCGGGGGUACUGGGAGCAGGGUUGGCGGGGGGCGAGGGCAGGAGCCCAGCAGUCCCCAGCCCCGUCCUGGGUCCCUCCCUGCUGGGCCACCUCCCGGGAGACCCUUCCCCCCUCCGUCCCGCUCCUGGGCUGGUCUGUCCCCAGGGCGGCCCUUCCCGCGGGGCUGUGACCUCGUGGCACAGUUCAAAGGCAGAGUGGAGCCCCGAGAAGCCUCAGGGUCCAAGGUAGGGGGGGCCCGAAAGGCACCCUGAGAAACCCGCCCCCCACUUCCCCGAAUAAGGUCACAGCCCCUUGUGUGUCCUCAGCUUGGUGACACAGCCCCGGGGGCAGGACCGGAAGGAAAGGGAGGUCUUGCGGGGUCCCCUGAGGUGUCUUGAGUCACCCUGCGGUGGUUUUGCAAUUGUUUAUAAAGCUUUUCUGCUUUGUCAUUUUCCAGAA